AUGAUAGAGAUAGUAUCAAUCAAUCACGAGCGAUGGCGACGGGUCGCUACCGCGGUUUCGUUCGUCUUGGUUUGGAGCGUGGCUGCGGCGCAAAUCAGAUAUUCUAUUUCCGAGGACGUGAAAGAAGGAACUGUCAUCGGGAACAUAGCCAAGGAUUUGGGAUUAGAUAAAAGCACGUUGAAAGAGAGAGGCUAUCGCAUAGUAGCGGGCUCGACGGAGCCCCCCUUUCAGGUAAACCAGAACGAAGGCAUCUUGUAUGUUAACCGAAAGAUAGACAGAGAGGAGGUCUGCGAGCGGAGCAGUGUGUGUCUGAUCAACCUGAAGACUGUCUUGGAAAACCCUCUUGAGAUCCAUUAUGUGGCGGUGGAGGUGCUAGACGUGAAUGACCACUCUCCCAGCUUCCCGGAACAAGAAGCACGUUUAGAAAUCUCGGAGUCGGCCUCGCCCGGGUUACGUCUUCAGCUGCAAGCGGCGCGCGACCUUGACGUCGGCCGGUUCUCUGUUCAAGAAUAUAAACUAAGUCAUAACGAGGAUUUCCGUUUGGAGGUUAAAGACAGGGGCAAAGAUGGCAAAAUACCUGUCCUAAUCCUACUGAGGCCGCUAGACAGGGAAACAAAGAGAAGCCACAGACUGCUUCUCACUGCCAUCGACGGAGGGAAACCAAGUCGAUCGGGAUCUGUUGAGAUUACCGUGGACGUUUUAGACGUUAAUGAUAACAUGCCCGUUUUUACCAAAGACACUUACGCCAUACGUUUGAAUGAAAACUCCCCCGCUGGCACAACAGUCGUUCAAGUAAAUGCCACCGAUUUGGACGAGGGCUCCAACGGUGAGAUUAUGUACUCGUUUGGCAGUAACGUGAACAGCCGGAUUCGACACAUUUUCCACGUGGAUCCAAAAACAGGUGAGAUCAUUGUGCAAGGUCCGAUAGAUUAUGAGGUGGAGGAGAGUUAUGAAAUUGACGUACAGGCAUCGGAUCAAGGAUCGGCUCCGUUCAAGACUGACAAAAGCGUGUUUGUGAAUAUCGUUGAUUUGAAUGACAACGCCCCCGAGAUAGAGGUAACGUCGUUUUCCAAAGCAAUCCCCGAAGAUUCGCGAUUGGGAACGACUGUGGCGUUGAUCAGUAUUAAUGAUAACGACUCCGGCCUUAACGGGAAAGUCAUUUGUACGUUUAAUGAAGAUGUUCCUUUCGCAUUAUCUCCUUCAACACAAGAAAAUAUGUACGCCGUUGUAACAAAAUCAGCUAUAGACAGAGAAAAGGAGUCCAUAUAUGAUGUCACAAUUACCGCCAAAGACGCAGGUGUGCCGUCGUUGUCUUCUGCAAAGGCUAUACGAAUUAUUGUCUCAGAUGUGAAUGACAACAAGCCCACGUUUUCACUGAGCCCUUACACAUUCUAUGUAACUGAGAACAACGCGCUCGGAGUGGCUUUGUUUGCAGUGAGCGCCUCCGAUCGUGAUGAGGGCGAUAAUGCUCUUAUUUCAUAUCAUAUUCUAAGAGAGGUAUCUGAAGAUAACAUGCUUUCCUCGUUUCUCAACAUCAACUCUGAAACUGGGGAUAUAUUAGCCCUGAAGAGUUUUGACUUUGAGACUAUGAAGACUUUCCAGUUCCACGUGGUGGCCACAGACUCCGGAAGUCCCUCGUUGCGCAGCAACGUGACAGUGAACGUGUUCAUCCUGGAUCAGAACGACAACGCUCCAGUCAUCUUGUAUCCAGUCAGCGCUAACGGUUCUGCUGAAGGUGUGGAGGAGAUUCCCCGCAGUGUGAACGCAGGUCAUCUGGUGACUAAAGUGAGAGCGUAUGACGCUGAUAUAGGAUAUAACGGCUGGUUGUUAUUUUCACUGCAGGAAGUCACUGACCACAGUCUGUUUGGUUUGGACCGCUACACAGGACAGAUAAGAACCCUUCGCUCAUUCACAGAGACAGACGAGGCUGAACAUAAACUGGUCAUACUGGUGAAAGACAAUGGGAACGUUUCACUCUCAGCAACAGCUACUGUGGUUGUCAAGGUUGUGGAGCCCAAAGAGGCUUUUGCUGCUUCUGAUGUUAAAAGCGCAGCAAAAGAUGAAGAUGAGGACAAUGUGACACUUUAUUUGAUGAUAACUUUGGGCUCAGUUUCAGCACUUUUCCUCAUCAGCAUCAUCGUGUUGAUUGUAAUGCAGUGCUCCAAACCUGCAGACUAUUCCUCCAAGUAUUUACAAGACCCUAAUUAUGACGGGACUCUGUGCCACAGCAUCCAGUACAGAUCUGGAGACAGACGUUACAUGUUAGUUGGACCCAGAAUGAGUAUAGGAUCUACUAUAGUCCCAGGAAGCAAUGGGAAUACUCUAGUGGUUCCAGACAGGAGGCGAACAUCUGCAGAGGUAGGAAGUGUUUUUGUGUGUGUGUGUGUGUGUGUGUGUGUGUGUGUGUGUGUGUAUGUGUGUGUGUGUGUUUUCGCAUUUCUUUCAGUAGUCGUAACAAUCUUGUGUUGA